GCGUCAAGGAGGGAGGGGCGGAGUGGAUGCUUGGAGGUUGUGAUUGUGGUGGCGUGUGGGAUUUUUUUUUUUUUUUUUUACAACGUCGGACACAUCCUCGCUACGAGAAGGGGAUUUUUUCUUUCCCUUUACCGGCUUUGUCUGGUGGACGUGAAUGAGACGCAUCGUCUCUUCCGGAAAUGAGGAUGGACGUGAGGAUAUUGUUACUUUUUUACAUGGCCGUACCGAGGCUUCUCACCUCAGAAGUGACGGAGGAGUGCGAGGAUGGACAGUUUCAGUGUGACAACAAAAGGUGUAUACCCACUUUGUGGAGGUGUGAUGAUGACGACGAUUGCUCGGACAACAGCGAUGAAGAAAAUUGCCCCCGGAAAACCUGCGCCCCUGCAGAGUUUGCUUGCCUGAACGGCCAGUGUGUGCCAGGGCGAUGGCGAUGUGAUGGGGAACCGGAAUGUCCCGACGGCUCUGAUGAGGCAGAGGAGACUUGCAGCAAGCAGACUUGCCCGCCAGAGAAAUUCGACUGUGGGGAGUCCAAUAAAUGUGUCUCAUUGUCGUGGAGAUGCGACGGCGAGAGGGACUGCGAGAACGGGGCGGAUGAGGAGGACUGCGCAGCUGAUGCCAAAGCUUGCCCCGCCGGCGAGUUCAUGUGCGCCAACCGUAAAUGUUUGGCCGCCGCCCACGUGUGCGACGGGGACGAUGACUGCGGCGAUGGCAGCGAUGAGCUCAAGUGUACUUCACCUCUCACCUGCGGGCCCAACCAUCUCCGCUGCAACAAUUCGGAGUGCGUGCCGCUCAUGUGGAGCUGCGACGGCGAUCCCGACUGCGCGGAUAGUUCGGACGAGGGGCCCGAGCGCUGCGGCGGCGACGGCGUUCAUCUAUCGAACCGCAGGGCCAACUGCACUGGCGAGGAGUUCCAUUGCGCCAACGGGGAGUGUGUGCGACUAAGCUGGAAAUGUGACGGCGAUCCUGACUGCAAGGACAAGUCGGACGAGUCGGACUGCCCCCUGCUGACUUGCCGUCCUGAUGAGUUCCAGUGCGGUGACGGUUCUUGCAUCCACGGCACCAAGCAGUGUAACAAGGUCAACGACUGCCCGGAUCACAGCGAUGAAUCAGGCUGCGUCAACGCCACAAAAUGUGGGGGCCCCCUAAAGUUCUUGUGCAAGAACGGGGAGUGUAUUGAUAGUUCCAAAGUGUGCGACUCCGUCAAGGACUGCAAGGAUAGAUCAGAUGAGCCCAAGAAAGAGUGUGGGCUUAACGAAUGUAUGAUCAACAAUGGGGGAUGCUCUCACGUCUGCAUGGACCGACCCAUUAGCUUUGAGUGUCAUUGCCCUGCUGGCUACCAGCUACUGGACAAGAAGACCUGUGGAGACAUUGAUGAAUGUGAGAACCCGGAUGCCUGCAGCCAAAUCUGCAUCAACUACAAGGGGGAUUUUAAGUGUGAAUGCUAUGAAGGGUAUGAGAUGGAUCCCGUCACAAAGACCUGCAAAGUAGAGGGAAAAAGCCCUUAUCUUCUGUUCACAAACCGACAUGAGAUCCGGCGUAUCGACCUGGUCAAGCGGGACUACAGCCAGGUGGUUUCAACCCAGAAGAACACCGUGGCUCUAGACCUCGAUGUGGCUAAUAACCGAGUCUUCUGGUGUGAUCGCUUUCAUCGGAAAAUCUACAGCGCCUUCAUCCACGAGGCCGGUGACCCAGCCCAGCAAGUCCAACUGGUGGAUUCGUCACUGCAAACCCCAGCCGGUCUUGCUCUGGACUGGCUUCAACACAAUCUGUACUGGACCGACUCUGGUGACAAAUCCAUCUCGGUGGCCUCAGUGGACGGAACCAAGAGACGCAUCCUCAUCAACACUGAUCUGAGCGAGCCCAGAGCCAUAGCGCUGGAUCCUCAUCAUGGUUUCAUGUACUGGUCCGACUGGGGCACAAGAGCCAAGAUAGAGAAGGCCGGGAUGAAUGGAGUGGAUCGGCAAGUGCUGGUGGCUGAUAACAUUGAGUGGCCCAACGGCAUCACGCUAGACGUAGCGAACCGCCGUCUGUACUGGGUGGACUCCAAGCUGCAUCAUAUUGCCAGCGUGGACCUGAACGGAGCUCACCGCAGAACACACAUGACAUCUGCAGAAACGCUGGGACACCCCUACGCUCUGGCUGUGUUUGAGGAUCGUAUCUACUGGACAGACCGGGACAAAGCAUCAGUCUUCAUGGCCAACAGACUGACGGGUCAAGACAUUCACACUAUAGCUGACAACCUCAACGAUCCGCACGAUAUUGUGGUCUUCCAUCAGCUGCGCCAGCCGCAAGGUCCAGACAGCUGCAAUCUAGGCAGUGAGGCCAAUGGAGGCUGUGAGUAUUUAUGUCUUAAGGCGCCACAGAUUACCGAACACUCUCCUAAAUACACCUGCGCCUGCCCCGACGGACAGGACCUUGGCCGCGAUAUGAGGGCCUGUGUACCAGCGCCAAGAAAUGACAUGCCAGCCUCUCACGCACUUCCACCUGCUACCACGGCAACAGAAAACUAUCUGCCAACUUCAGAGGGAGUAGCGCAGGCAGACGCUAGCCCACGUUUGACCACAUCACAUCUUCCUUCCCUGGAGCCGCGCACCCCUCUCAGCACGCUCAAGACGAUGUCAUCGCAGGAGUCCAAGGCGCUUGGAUCUCAUUCGACUGCAACUGUCACCGUCACUGUGGAGUCGACCACACCAGCAGGGGACAGCAGUGUGUCACAACACUCUGGAAGUGAACAUUUCCUCCUUGGAGAGAAUCUGACAGUGGCUGUUUUAGGAGUGGUCAUCCCCAUUGUACCUAUCAUUGCCACAGUGGUGUUCGGCUUGGUCUGCGCCGGCAUCUACCUGGUGUGGCGGAACUGGAGGCGCAAUUCCACCAAGAGCAUGAACUUUGACAACCCCGUCUACCGCAAGACCACCGGCGAGGGUGAGGAGGACGAGAUCCACAUCGGUCGGACUGACGCAAUUGGGCAUCACGCGCACCACCACCACCACCACCCGUACCCGCAGGGCGUCGGCAUGGGGGUGGUGACCUCGGGAGGUGGCGCCUGCCCGCAGUUCAUCACCUUACCACUCGGAGGCAGCAUGCCCGAUCCGGGGACGCAUUGGUAUACGGAGCAGCCCAUGCUUUCCACCGCGUGAGCCAGGAUAAGCGGAUUUAGGGGAAAAAGAUGGCUGCCGUGACACACGGGGAGGUCAAAGGUGACUGGGGAAGUACAUAUCAUCAAAUGCCAUCCACAGCCAUGUUCUAUGCCAAUUUUCCUAAUCCUACAGAUUUCGACCGCUACAAAGGUUCUCGUUGCUGCAACCAGAUCUAUUUUUUUCUUCUGAUGACGUCACGUUUUGCAUUGAUGGUGUGUGUGUUGUGAGUCAUCUGUUUUGUAACUAAGCCACUGAGUAUUUUGUCCUCGAUGUGUUUAUUUGGGAUCGGCGUUGGGCUGAGAACCGACACUAAUUGUGGCUCUGCGUUGGAUGGGACAAUCUGUACAGAUUCAUAAUAGAAUCAAUGGCUCUUUCAAAAUGAGCUGUGUUGUCGAAGACUCCCUGAUUUUAUUUGAAAAGGUUUCUCAGCAGUCCAGACAUGGUAGGAGUGAGUUGUUUGUUCUCUCCGAAUGCCAUUCCACACUGAUGAACGGAGAGACUUUACUUUUUGUUUGACCUGCGACACUCGAUAAAGCGAAAGGAUCUUAGCUUUUCAUAGUCUGCAUAAAAGGGGAAAAGGUACAUCAGAAAGAAAAGGCAGAAAUAACCACUGAGUGGGUUUCCUUAUUUUUCACUGUGAUAUUUCAACGUUAGAAAGUUUGAGAGGCGCAAUAUAUCAUUACUUUAAGUCAGGAGAGAAUAUUGCAAUUGUAUGUUUUUUUGCCUGCUAUUUACAUGUAUAGACACUAUAAAGAGGGUAGAUGCAGUGUAGGAGUGAUGGGCAACUUCAAUGGUGGAGGGGACCACAAUUUUUCAUCAGCGUGAUUGGGUGGCCGCAUAGGACCGCACACUUCCCAACCGUCUGCAUGACGGUAAACAUUGAAAUCCGUGCAUAUGUGACAAAUAUGUGCUCUUAAUUUUUCAUAGAAAUAUUUGCCAUUGUACAACAAAGUGUUUGAAGCAAACAACAAAAUAACCACCAAAUGGGUGUUAUUUUCCAGCUCUCUUGCACAAAAGUAACCAUUCGAGAAAGGCAAAAAAGAAAAUUAUAUCAUUGAGGUACAAUGUUUCCAAAUCUGCCGCCCCCCACAUCCCCUCCAAAAAAUUAGGCCUACUCACAUUGUAGUAUAGGGCAGUUUAAGACCCGGUGCAAAUGCAACUAGGCCAAGUGUGCCAACUAGCGGUGACUGGUGAUAUUACAACUUAAAUCUACACACCUGAUGAUGAAAAAAAGAAAUAUAAUUUUGUCAACCCAAAAUAUUCAAACACAAAUUCUGACUAACCUAAAAUGUGUUAAUAAAUAAUAAUUCAUCAAGGGGGGUCACUCAGAGUGCUGCGAGCGGCCCAUCCCUGCAAUUGAGGAUGCAAUGUGUAGUAAUUGCAUUACAAUUCAGCCACUCAGUAUUUUACACACACACACACACACACACUCUGUGUCUCCUACAAACCUAUCUCAUGUAUUUUUGUAUUAUCACUGUUGUCAUUAUGAUCAUUAUAUCGGAGUGGGAGGCCCCGGCAGAUGUCACAAACCAAUAACGCACAUUGCCCCGUCUCCCCAAUUUCGACAUGGUGUUCACAUUACGCUGAAAACAUUCUGGUUGUGUUUGUGUGAGCGUGCGUUCACCGAAAUGCAUGUGAGUGCUGUUGUACAUCCCGCAGCCAUAUUGGAGUCAUUUUUUUGUUCUCUGUUGCACAGCCCUCUUUGAAUGCCUUCUGUCUCGCAUGAGCGUUUGUGAAGCCGUGCACAGUUGUGUGGAUGAAUGGCUGCCUAAUUCGUGCGCGGAUGACAGCGUUCCGGGUGCUUUUGGGGCUCAUUGAUAUGUAAAUAUGUUUUCAUAAGGUUUUUGAUAAUGUAUAGCCAACGGUGAUUUCAAAGAGAUGAUGUACAUAAGAUUUUAGAUAAAAGUGUCGACACAUAUCCUAAUUUAUUUGUACAGAGAGCACUGCAUUCCCUGCUUGUAAUGAUUCACCAAAGUCGUUAGUGUUGUUUCUUGUGCGUGUUUUUUUUUUUUUUUAAAUCAACCAGCCUUAUUUCUAUGUUUAUGUAAAAUACACGGGCCCUCUUGACGUUUAUUUCUCACAAUUCACAUUAUACCACACGGGUCAGUGUUGCAAUUAUUGUAAAUCAGUUUUGUUUGUGCCUUUUUUUUUUUUUUUGGUUGUUGUUUUUAUUUUUCUUACUGUUCUCAUGAAAACGCGGGACAAUUGCAAAGACAAAACUCGAUUCAAACCGAACUGGUUCCACGUGUUGAUUUUCGGCAUUACUUUUGAAUAUCUUGGGACAUAAAAUCUGGAAUUUUCUGAA